AUCGUGUGGUAUCGACAGUUGAAGUGUCCUUUAAUCCAAAAAGCUUUAAUAAUCCGUCGGUUCUAUCGUCAAAUUUAUCUUAAAAAUUGUUCACAGCACUCGAACAAAAAUUAUCGUUUUUUUAAUUUAUACACUUUAUUUUUUUUGAGCUUUUCAUCGGGAAAAAAAAUUGAUUAUCUAAAAAUAGUUUUUUUAACAGUGACACGUCCAAUCAAAAAUAUACUUUUCUCGAUUUUUGGUUUGCAGUGAUAAUACGACUUAAGUGUAGUUGUCAAUACAAUAUUAUUGCGAAGAAAACUUUUAGCUAUGGCUAACGCAUUUUACUAAGUUGUACAUGAAAAAUGUCGGAGUUGUUGAUUUUGCCGAAUUCCCAAGAGGUAGCCAAUCUGUACCACGAGUACGAUAUGAAUCAAUCUCAAGUGAAAAGAGACGUUGCUAACAUCAGAAAGUGGAUGACCACUCAACCACAUUUACCCGAGUUCCCUGAAUCGAAAAAUGACGAGAUAAACUUUUGGAUCGAAGGGUUCCUUCGUCUGACCAAAAACAACGUGGAAAAAUCCAAAAAGGCCGUGGAAAGCCAUUUCCGUUUGAAAUCACUAUUCCCUCAUGUGUUCGACAUUCGCAAUUUAUCCGAUUACGUAGAAAGCGAUUUGUUCGAAUACUUGACAAUGGUGAUGUUUCCAAAACACACCCCCGACGGACUUAGGAUAAUGCACUACGGUUUCAAUAACCGCAACGCUCAUUUGUUCCGACCGGCUGAGAUAUACCGAAGGAUGCGCAUGAUGUUAGACAUAUGUCAGCGCAAAGGAAUAGACUUCACCGGCAUACACGUCAUCAUAGACACGCGGUACGCCACUUUGUCGCACAUCAGUCAGUUUGACUUGCUUCAGCUCAGAAAUCUCAUCAAACACGCUCAGAAAGCCUAUCCACUUCGUUUGAAACAUACACACAUUAUGUUCCCGCCGACUUUUGUAGAUCUAGCCAAAAGUAUCCUGAAACCAUUUCUCUCGAAGAAAAUGUUUGCUAGGGUAGCAUUUCAUAAAAAUGUAGAAACCCUUUGGGACCAUAUACCUAGAGAGAUUCUACCAGCCGAGUUUGGAGGAUACGACAGUAAUUUGGAUGUGAUAAAAGAGGAAUGGAAGACACUGAUUUUGAAAAAUCAAGAUUGGUUCCUCUCGAAUGUAAAUUAUAAAUCAGAUGAAUCAAAAAGACCAAACAAAAAGAAAAAACUAUUUUCUAUUGAAAAACCAGCAUUCAAAACCUUGGAGUUGGACUGAAUCCACCAUUAGAGUUAGUUGUAUAAUAUAUAUAAUAUUAAUUUUAGCCAAAUACAAGUGAUAAUAAAUAUAAACAUAGUGAGGAGUUUUAAUAUUUAUAUUAAUAUAGUACCUAAUUAUUCAUUAAAAUAAGUAUAAUAAUGUAAAUGGUGUUUUGAAAAAAAAAAACAAUAUUUAUAAUAAUAAAUCGAUAUUUUUGACUUUUGA